AUGCACGUCGUUGGAACACGAAUUAGUAUCGUCGAGCUAUUUCAGCGGAGGGGUAACGACUGGGGGAAGUCAACUUUGCAGCUUUUCGGCAUUAUAUUGCUUGGCGUUGUAGGGGUCUGGUUACCGGUCGGCUUUGUCGUUUACCUUAUCCGGCCGGGAUACUUUCUCUUUACUGCACUCAACUACUACCAUGCGGUCUUUACCCUAGCCACUCUCCUGACCAUCACCUGUAUUACUUCAUUAUGGCUGAUAUCCCGCUUUGGUUUACUGAACAUAUCUCUUCUCACAUCGUUUCUAAUUAUCUGUGCUACUUUGACGCGAUUAUUAUUUUCUGGGGCACCUCUUUAUGCCCAACCUUCCGUCGGCAAAUUAACGUUCAGCCUUCUGGUCUUGCCAAUCGGGGGGGCAAUGCUGUUGAAUGUCAAUAAGAUGUCCGAAACAGAAUCCCGUUUUACGUUAUCAACAAAAACGUGGGUUUUUAGACUAUUGCUAGUCUUUUGUGCCGGAAGUUUGAUCCUGACACUCAUGCCACGGAACCAACCGCAGACGCUACCAAUUGAUAUUCUCAUUCAAACCGGCAGAGAGCAACAUGAAAUGUACGUGAAUCAAGCCAAGGUUAGCAACAACCUGGAGGAGGCUGUUUCAGAGUACAAAAGGAGGUACAACCAGUACCCACCACCUGGAUUUGACCAGUGGUAUGACUUUGCAACCAGCAGGCAUUCUCCAGUAAUCGACGACUUCGAUCAGAUCUAUUCUGACCUCGCACCAUUUCGAGCAUAUCCUCCACACUACUGGCGACGAUUAACGCAUGAGCUUGCAACAGAUUCCUUUAGUGACAUUGGUGCGAUUAGGAUCCGGAAUGGGUCAUCGAGAGCCCAAGAAGGUGUCAAGCCUACUCACGCUUGGAUGGUUCACGCGACCAUGGAGAUGCUGGAUGCGUUCGUUAAGUACUUGCCUGAUAUGGAUAUAUUGCUUAAUCUCAAUGAUGAGCCUCGUGUUGCUAUUCCGCAGCAUGCGAUGUCCGAAAUGAGAAGUGCGGCCAAGCCUGCUGACUUUGGAAAUGGGGAACCUCCUAUCAAGGUUUGGUCAGCGGAUCGAGAAUCUAAAUGGGAUCCUAUAGAGCCUGUCAAUAUGGCCCCGUUCUCGUUAUUCACAGAUUAUGCCAAGUCUAACAUAUGGGAUGUGGCUAAUCAAAUUUGUGCACCUUUGUCAAAAGCCAGGUCUGAACGGGCUUGGAAUCGGCGUGACCUAUGUCUAGAUUGUCUGCAGCCACAUUCUUUGGAACAGUUUGUGUCAGACUGGACACUGGCAGCUGACAUUUGCCAUCAACCAGACCUAAAGAACCUACAUGGGUUCUUCACGAGUCCUGCUUCUUGGAAGACGUCUCAACAUCUUGUUCCUCUUUUUAGUCAAAGCAGUUUGCCAGGGUUCGGGGAUAUUUUAUUCCCCAGUCCUUGGAACUAUGUCGACAAGGUCAAAUACGAGCCGUCGACCGCGCAUCCGGAUGUGCCUUAUUUGGAAAAGAAGAAUACGCUUUUUUGGAUUGGGGCUACAUCAGAAGGGAUCAGCAUCAAUGGGGAGUGGAAGGGAAUGACGCGCCAGCGGCUCAUGCAUCUUAUGAACAACAAUUCGGCAACCGCAGUCACAGUGCUCAUGCGAUCAGGUGCUGAUAAAGGAUUCAAAUAUCACGUAGUGGAUGGAGCGGCACCCAGGGAGAAACUCGGUCUACAGGCAGAUGUUUAUCUCUCUGACGUGGUACGAUGUGAUGAUUGCGAGACUCAAGAACAAGAACUCGGCAACCCAGCGAAACGCAUUAGUUUCCAAGAGCACUGGAAGUACCGGUAUCUAUUUGACAUGGACGGGGCUGGAUUCAGCGGACGGUUCCAUGCGUUCUUGCAGAGCCACAGCUUGCCAUUCAAGACAGGGUUAUUCCGCCAAUGGUACGACCCGCGACUGACACCAUGGCAUCACUUUGUGCCUCAGGAUGUGCGCUUGCAUGAUGUCUGGUCGACAUUGGGGUAUUUUUCUGGCAUAACCGUUCAGGGUGGUUCGAAGGAAUCAACGUCUGUUCUGAUGGAAGCACACGAGGAAGAAGGGGCUUACAUCGCUGAGGAAGGUCGUGAUUGGGCACAGAAGAGCCUUCGAAAAGAAGACAUGGAAAUAUACUUUUUCAGACUACUACUCGAGUGGGGACGAUUGACAGAUGAUCAAAGAGAUCAGCUGGGCUUUGAUCCAUAG